CUGAAAACCCGCCGCCUGGCUGCGGAGGGGUGCCAGUGCGGGGUGGGCGCUGCUGGAGGCAGGCGGCAGGGUGGCGAGUUCGAGUCCCAGUCCCGCCUCCGCCAGCCUGACCGGGAGCUACUUCUCGGGGCUGUUGUAAGCCGCCAAGGGGCGGUGGUGUGGGGAGGCUUUGGGUUUUUUUUCCUUCUUCUUUUUCUCCUUUCCUUCCCCAUAUUUCUCCCGCGGAGGCCGCGGCUUCCUUCGUGGGGCACCGGCACGCCGGGAGAGAGUUGCCCAGGAGUUUGUGCGGACUUCGGGCCCCGGCCCCCGCCCCGCCGCCGCCAUGCCCGUCUUCCACACGCGCACCAUCGAGAGCAUCCUGGAGCCGGUGGCCCAGCAGAUCUCCCACCUGGUCAUCAUGCACGAGGAGGGCGAGGUGGACGGCAAGGCCAUCCCGGACCUCACCGCCCCCGUGUCGGCCGUGCAGGCCGCUGUCAGCAACCUGGUGCGGGUUGGAAAAGAGACUGUGCAGACAACAGAGGACCAGAUCUUGAAAAGGGAUAUGCCACCCGCAUUUAUCAAAGUGGAGAAUGCCUGCACCAAACUCGUUCGGGCAGCCCAGAUGCUGCAAGCGGAUCCUUAUUCUGUCCCAGCUCGUGACUAUCUCAUUGAUGGAUCGAGAGGCAUCCUUUCUGGGACGUCGGACUUGCUCCUGACAUUCGAUGAAGCCGAGGUCCGUAAAAUCAUCCGUGUCUGCAAAGGAAUUUUGGAAUAUCUGACUGUGGCGGAAGUAGUAGAGACUAUGGAGGAUUUGGUGACAUACACAAAGAAUCUAGGGCCAGGAAUGACAAAGAUGGCCAAAAUGAUUGAUGAGAGACAGCAGGAGUUAACGCACCAGGAACAUAGGGUUAUGCUGGUAAACUCAAUGAAUACUGUGAAGGAGCUAUUGCCAGUACUUAUUUCAGCUAUGAAGAUUUUUGUAACCACAAAAAAUUCUAAAAGCCAUGGAAUAGAAGAGGCCUUGAAAAAUCGCAAUUUCACAGUAGAGAAAAUGAGUGCUGAGAUAAAUGAAAUAAUCCGUGUAUUACAACUCACUUCCUGGGAUGAAGAUGCCUGGGCCAGCAAGGACACUGAAGCCAUGAAAAGAGCUCUGGCCUUAAUAGAUUCAAAGAUGAACCAGGCAAAAGGGUGGCUGAGAGAUCCAAAUGCACCUCCAGGGGAUGCUGGUGAACAAGCAAUAAGGCAGAUCCUUGAUGAAGCUGGAAAAGCGGGAGAACUGUGUGCAGGCAAAGAACGCAGAGAAAUUCUGGGAACAUGCAAAACACUGGGCCAGAUGACGGAUCAACUGGCUGAUCUCCGAGCUAGAGGACAGGGUGCUACACCAAUGGCUAUGCAGAAAGCACAGCAGGUUUCACAAGGUCUGGACUUGCUCACUGCGAAGGUGGAGAAUGCAGCCCGCAAAUUGGAAGCCAUGACAAACUCUAAGCAGGCAAUUGCUAAGAAGAUUGAUGCUGCUCAGAAUUGGCUAGCAGAUCCUAAUGGGGGCAGCGAAGGAGAAGAACAUAUUCGGGGAAUUAUGGCUGAAGCAAGGAAAGUUGCAGAAUUAUGUGAAGAGCCUAAGGAAAGAGAUGAUAUCCUUCGCUCCUUGGGAGAGAUCUCUGCUUUGACAGCUAAGCUGUCAGAUCUACGAAGACAUGGAAAAGGCGACUCUCCAGAGGCCCGUGCAUUGGCUAAGCAAAUAGCUACAUCACUUCAGAAUUUACAAUCCAAAACAAACAGGGCUGUAGCAAAUACCAGGCCAGUUAAGGCAGCUGUCCAUUUGGAAGGCAAGAUUGAGCAAGCUCAAAGGUGGAUAGACAAUCCUACUGUUGAUGAUCGCGGAGUAGGCCAGGCAGCAAUUCGGGGACUUGUUGCGGAAGGUCGUCGUUUAGCCAAUGUCAUGAUGGGACCUUAUCGUCAAGACCUGCUUGCCAAAUGUGACCGUGUAGACCAGCUGGCUGCUCAGCUAGCCGACCUUGCGGCAAGAGGGGAGGGAGAGUCUCCUCAGGCUAGGGCAAUCGCUGCUCAGCUUCAGGACUCACUCAAGGAUCUUAAAACACGGAUGCAAGAAGCAAUGACCCAGGAGGUGUCUGAUGUUUUUAGUGACACUACAACUCCCAUUAAAUUGUUAGCAGUAGCAGCCACUGCUCCUUCUGAUGCUCCCAAUAGAGAUGAGGUGUUUGAUGAAAGAGCAGCAAACUUUGAAAACCAUGCUGCCAGACUAGGAGCUACAGCAGAAAAAGCAGCUGCAGUUGGAACAGCUAAUAAAACUACUGUGGAAGGCAUUCAGGCAACUGUGAAAUCAGCAAGAGAACUUACCCCACAGGUAGUAUCAGCUGCCCGUAUUCUCCUGAGAAAUCCUGGAAAUCAAGCUGCUUAUGAGCAUUUUGAGACUAUGAAAAACCAAUGGAUUGACAAUGUAGAAAAAAUGACAGGGUUGGUGGAUGAAGCCAUUGAUACUAAGUCCCUGUUGGAUGCAUCAGAAGAGGCUAUUAAGAAAGAUCUUGAUAAAUGUAAAGUUGCAAUGGCCAAUAUUCAACCUCAGAUGCUGGUAGCCGGUGCCACCAGCAUUGCUAGACGAGCAAACCGUAUCCUACUGGUUGCAAAACGGGAGGUUGAAAAUUCAGAGGACCCUAAGUUCCGGGAGGCUGUUAAAGCGGCCUCUGAUGAGCUAAGCAAAACUAUAUCACCAAUGGUAAUGGAUGCGAAAGCUGUGGCAGGAAACAUUUCUGAUCCUGGUUUGCAGAAGAGUUUCUUGGAUUCUGGAUACAGAAUUCUGGGAGCUGUAGCCAAAGUCAGAGAAGCCUUCCAGCCUCAGGAACCAGAUUUUCCACCUCCUCCUCCGGACCUUGAGCAGCUUCAUCUGACUGAUGAGCUUGCCCCUCCAAAACCACCACUACCAGAAGGUGAGGUUCCCCCGCCCAGACCGCCACCACCUGAAGAAAAGGAUGAAGAGUUCCCAGAGCAGAAAGCAGGAGAAGCUAUUAAUCAGCCCAUGAUGAUGGCUGCUAGGCAGUUGCAUGAUGAAGCUCGGAAAUGGUCUAGCAAGCCUGAUGUGACUGUGAUUAAUGAAGCCGCUGAGGCUGGUGUAGAUAUAGAUGAGGAGGAUGAUGCAGAUGUUGAAUUCACUCUCCCCUCUGACAUUGAAGAUGAUUACGAGCCUGAGCUGCUGUUAAUGCCAACCAAUCAGCCUGUUAACCAGCCCAUUCUGGCCGCUGCUCAGUCUCUACAUCGGGAAGCAACCAAGUGGUCUAGUAAGGGUAACGACAUCAUUGCUGCUGCUAAGCGGAUGGCGCUGCUCAUGGCAGAGAUGUCUCGCCUGGUGAGAGGAGGUAGUGGCAACAAGCGUGCCCUUAUUCAGUGUGCAAAGGAUAUUGCUAAAGCUUCGGAUGAAGUCACUCGGUUGGCCAAAGAGGUGGCAAAGCAAUGCACUGACAAGCGCAUUAGAACAAACCUCUUGCAGGUCUGCGAGCGAAUCCCGACCAUCAGUACACAACUCAAAAUCCUCUCCACUGUCAAAGCUACCAUGCUGGGCAGAACUAAUAUCAGCGAUGAAGAAUCGGAACAGGCAACUGAGAUGCUGGUUCAUAAUGCCCAGAACCUCAUGCAGUCUGUAAAGGAAACUGUGAGAGAAGCUGAAGCAGCUUCCAUUAAGAUUAGAACAGAUGCCGGAUUCACCCUUCGCUGGGUCAGAAAGACUCCGUGGUAUCAGUAGAUGCUUGCCACAUAAGUAUUAUUUUCUGUAACAUAAAAUGCCUUUUUUUGGAAACAGAAGAAAAAUAUUAACAGCAAAAGGUGCUGUAAACGAGCUUAAAAUUAGCUUAUGCUAAUGCCCCAUUCUAAGGGUAUGAAUUAUAUGAAUAUGCAUUUCAAAUAUCUUCGGAAAGCAUUUGGUAUCACACAAGUCAAAAUUUCUUUUGAUAGUAGACGGUUUUUAUCCUUUGUUUGCUUUUGAAGAUUCUCUUCAUGAAUUCUGUAAUCCCAAAAGCACAUUUCAUUUAUGCACUGUAUAUUCUGGUAGUUUCCAUGUGAUGAUAUAAUACAUGGACUUCACUUUGAGCUUGUACUGAAAGUCUAGGACACUAACAGUGUUACUUGGCAGUGAUACAGGGAAAUCAUUGAUAUAUAGACAUUCAACUUUUCAAUACAGUUUCAGUUAGCAGUUCUUAAACCAUGCAGAAAUGAUGAGAGGUGGUGUUUUUUUUUUUUUUUUUUUUUUAAAAAGAUAAGGAAGGCAGAACACUUGUAAAGUGAGGUUGCAAGUCUUAUUGCCAAAAUGAUUUUUUUCUUGCUGUUAAUUUUGCCUGGUGACAAUACAUUAAGCCAACAAGAACUGGAGCUGUCCUUGUCACCCUGUUGUCAUCCUGUAGGUGGGCAUUCCAGAACUCUUGUUCUCUCCUGAAAUGCUUCGCAGUGGAUGUUCGUGGCACACUGGGCAGCUUAAGCCUUAUGGUUGAAGGCCUUAAAUCACAGAACUUUUUCCUUCUUGCUCACUUUAGUGAUAUGAAUGGAAAAAUCUUGUUCUCUUAAGCUAGCUGUACAUAUUCAAAACAAAUAUAAUCAUGUCCAGGACCAGAAAAUGUCAUGCCCUGGCUCCUUCCUUUUGAAAAUCAAAUGAGCACAUACACAGGGCAUUAUUCUACUUUUUUUCUUUUAUCCCUCCAUCUACUGUUGUUCUAGUCACUCAUGGUAGAAAUUAAAAGAUGAAUAACAAUGUUCAAUUCAAUAAGACCUUUUGCCUCUCUGCUCUUCUUUCCAGCAAUGAAAUAGCAGUUGCAUAAGCUUUUCUGAAUCCAAGUACUGCAGGGACACAAAAUCCUACAUUUAGGUAGUCAGAUGGCUACUGACAGGCAGUGGUUCCUAAUAUUAAACCUUUUCAGAUAUUUUUACUGUUUUUAAACAUAUUUAGAGGCCUGAAGUUCAAAAACCUUUUCAGGUCCUAGUAAUACUAAAUUGAACAAAGUGUUAGUAUGUCUUUUUAAAAAAAUCUAUUAAUAAAAUAGACUUGGGAUAUUUUUAUGCUUCCAUAAUCGAACAUGCCUUUAUGUAUAUUCAUGUUAAUUGCUCAGUAGUCUCCUUUGGCAUUUGACAGAAAAAGGGAGUUACUGUUUUAGAAUGGGUCUCUGUAUGUUUGUGAGGAACUCUUUCAAACUUCUACCCAGAGCAGCACUGACCUCAUGAGGACCCCUUAAUUUCCAUUUGCUAAAAAUUGUUCCGUGGUCAAACCACCUUGAUUAAAGUGCCCUUGUGGAAGAAUUGCUCAGUUAGUCUAACAAAUCAAGGGAAGAGAGAGACAAUAUAGUCUGCUGUUCUUUGCCUGUCUGUAACAGUUAUUCUAUACCUGGAUUUUCUUUUUUCCCCUUUCUACUGCACUGUUAUGUAAAAAGGGAAGUUAACCUGAUUAUAAUACCUCUGCCUCAAACUGACCGUAGCAAGAGAAAGCGUGUGUUCAUCCUUAAUUCACUGCCUGUGUCUGGGUAUUAUGAAACACAUGGUACUUAGGAUCUUUCCUUAUUGUUCUCUUCCUGUAAUUACCUGUAACAGGGAGAGGGAGGAAGAGAUGCCAGAGCCUUAAGCUGAAUGUCUUGCAUUUGGUUGGUUUAUACCAGAUCUUUAACAUAACUGUAAUGUAGUCAUUUCUAUUUAAUAGUAAAUAACACUGAAUAGGUAGGGGUUAUUUUUAAGCAGUCUUCUGAAUAGUCUUCCUGUAUUUCUUUUCAGUGCCCUCCCCUUCCCCCCCAAAUUCAGGCUUUUCCAUGAGAUAUUUUUUAGCAUCACUGUUUAGUUGCUUGACUGAUAUUAAUGCAAUAUUACUAAUGCCUUUAAUACAUAAUUGUUUAUGCCAAAGAUCACUUUUUGUUUAUUGAGGAAUGUUUGUGGGAAUGUUAUGAAUCAUGGUUGCCUUUGAUACUCGUUCAGAAUGUUUGCUAUGAGUUCUUGAAGUGUUUUGUAGAAGCUGAGAUGCUUGUCCACCUUAUCCAAUUACUGCUUUUUUGAACACUAUUGGUCUUCAGACCUGAAAUGCAGCAAAAUUUGAAAAAGACCAUGAAUGUUGGUUAGAAAUGUUUUACCACUAUAAAACUUCAUUUAUAAACCAAAAUGUGUUAUAUAGUCUAAUAUUUUCAACCUUUUUGUUUCUGUUAAAACAAUAAAAAUGCAUUUGUACAAAUGUUA